AUGGUGUAUGGGUUGGGACCCAAUUGGGAGGGGUGUCUGGGUUUGGGUCACAACCUCGCCAUAGAUUCACCACAAGUCGUACGGGAAUUAUGUUAUCAAAAAAUUCGAAGAUUUUUCAUUGGAUAUGACUUUGUGUUGGCUAUGAAUAGUGUGAACCAUAUGUAUAGCUGGGGUCAUAACAUGUGGGGACAGUUGGGUCGGGAUGUGACACCAGAAAAGGAUUAUUUAAAAGCCGAAAGAAUAUCGUAUUUCGACGACAAAGAUUUCCAACAAAUCAGUUGUGGUUCCCAUCACUCACUGGCCCUCACAUCCGAUGGACAGGUGUAUGGGUGGGGAUGUAAUCGCGAGGGACAGGUCGGGAAAUCAUUUGCCCUCAACUUUGACGGCCAUGUGUUCAUUUGGGGCAAUAAUAUUGACAACCAAUUGGGACCCAAUAUGCUGUUCACUGAAUCCAUAUUCGUGCCACAAUUUAUACCCACGUUAAUUAAUAUCAAAGCGAUUGCCUGUAAAUUGAACAUGUCGUAUUUUCUGUCAAACUCGGAUUUCACAAAACAUGAGAAACACAUGUUAGACAAAGAAGUGGAGAAUUUAGUUAAAAUCAUUCACAGAGACCUCAAACCCGAAAACAUAUUAAUCGCGAAGAAUUUCACGACAAAAACAUUCACUACAAAACACUACACAAACACACAGCAAAUGUUGGGGAUGACCGUUAUAUGGCACCUGAGAUACUCCAUGUGCUCAACGAUAUUCAAACUCGUGGACAGUACUAAACGCACCGUCAGUGCACUCAUUGCGCCCACAAAACAACACAACAUGGGAUCAAUUAGUGGUGACUUUCGGCGCUUCAGUCGCCGCCAGUUGUGGUCAACGAUAAUGUCAUUGAGUCGUCAAAACGAUUGUCUCAAAACGGAUUUAACGCGAUUUGAGUUGAUGUCCAAAAUACACGACAAAUAUGUGUCAUAUUUGCGGCCAAUGUGUGACACCAUUGACGCAAACAUUGCCAACACUUUCGUCAAACAAAUCAAUGCUUUAAAAGCCGUUAAAAAGGGUUUCGUUUGCCUUGAAAGCGAUGCCACAGUCCAUGAGUUGGCUAACAAUCUCAAUCACACGUUUACCGCAAUUGACACCAAAGUAGUCAAUGAGUUGUCAAACAAUGUGAAUGAAAAGUCUGUUUCACACGCUUGUGGUGCAAGUGAUUCAAGUGAGUCAUUGGAUCAGUUGAUGACACGAGUUGGACACCAAUUACGCGAUGACUACGAAGACAAUCGCCGCGCGAUUGAGGAUCUGAACCGCGAUUUACAUGAUAUCAACCGAUUGGUGGCCGGAAUACUCAACAAAUCACCAAAAGUCGAGAACAGAUCACAGACAGUGGUUAAGACAACAACCACUGGUGGACACAGUGUUGAUGAUAGCGAUGACAAUGAGGGACACGACUCCCGAGGAAGUGAUUACGAAUUGGACGAAUUGGUGGCUAAGAAAAGGACACCAAUUGGUGGUCCGAGAGAACGGUAUGUCUGCGGAUGGAAAGACUGCCACAAGUGGUUCACUCGUGCGGACAACUUGAAUCGACACAAAGCUCAGGCACACAUCAAAAUCCCGAAAUACCGGUGCAAUUGGGAGUCGUGCGGCAAACAGUAUAGAAGUGUAACGCUUUUGAAUCGACACAAACAACUGCAUCGGUCCGAGAAGGCCUACCGGUGCGAUAUACCCGGCUGUUCGGCAGUGUUUGCGGGUUCCCCGGACCUGGAAAGGCAUAAAAGUCUGAAAAAUCACCCGAUAUACAAAAGCGUCGGUAAGAAAAGGGCUUAUAAUAGACUGGACGCCAUGAGUGGACAGUAUAGGUGCCGACAGAAUGGGUGCGGAAAGCGGUUCAGCCAUAAGUACAAACUGAAUCGCCACCAAAUUUGUCACAAAUCCAUUGGCGACUACCGGUGCGAGGGCUGUGGCGUUCUGUUCAAGCGUUUAUCAAGUUUAAAGCGACACAAAGAGCGCCACCCGUGUGUGACCUACCGGUGCGAUAUACCCGACUGUCCCUCUGUAUUGACCAGUAAACGUUCUCUGGGACAACAUAAACGCAGAAUACAUCACUCGAAGUAUGGAUCCGUUGCACAGAAACCCAACUCUAAGACAAACAGCAAAUCGGUUGCCAAACGAAGUACUCGUAAAACGCAUCUCAAACACAGGAAACCCCGUAAAAGUGGUAACCGUUUGAGUGAUAAUCAAAGAUCUGAGAUAAGAGCCAAUGGCGUUGAGGUUAUGGAAGCGAUGGUUUUAGAAGUUAUGGAUUUCGAUGUUAACCACGAAUUAACGUAUGAUAUGAAGCGUGGAAGUGUGGACCCAAUGGGUGGACUAACUGGUGAUAUGGAUACGAACGAAGCAAAUGGUGAUAAUAGCGAUUCAAGUGUUACUCCAAGAGGACGUGAUUUAAAGGCAGAUCUGAAGACAAAUGCGAAGUCCAGCGGAUCCACGGAUCUGAAUGUCAGACACGAGUCAAUUGAUGACAAUAUCAAUGAAGUGGACAUUCAUUCAGAUCACCGGUCAAUGGCUGACAGUUCUCAACAAGUAGUAAACACUCCACAGAAGAGGACUACUUCUAAGAGAUCAUCGCUGAGUGACUUCAAGUGUCCGUACGUUAGAUGCAAUCAUUUGAUGGCAUCGUUGGACGAGUUUAACAGACAUAUGGCUAAAAAGCAUCACAUAUUUCAGUGCGAUAUCUGCCAUAAGAUGUUCAAUAAUCAGGAUCAGUUGAUGCAACACACGCCCACCCAUAAGAUAUUCUGUGCCAUGUGUUCAUCGGUGUUCCCCUCACAACAAGCACUCGAUGAGCACUUGAAUGACAGGUAUUAUUAA